AGCAAACAGAUCUGCGAAAAUGAAAUUCUUCAUCUUGACUUUGGCUGUGGUUGGAUGUGCCGUCGCCGAUUCGGGCUAUAACUAUAAUGCUCCAGCUGCCGCCCCCGCACCCGUGAGAUCGUACUCGGCCCCCCGUCAGUUCGCCGCCUCUGCCCCAGCUCCUGUUUUCCAGCAGGCUGCAUCUGCUCCAGCUCCAGUUAGGACCUAUGUGCCCCCUGCACCCGCUGCCUCCGCCCCUGUGCAGAGCUUCGCCCCCGCUCCAGUUGCUGCCCCAGCACCUGCUCCUGUUUUCCAGCAAGCCGCCUCUGCUCCUGCCCCCGUGCGCACCUAUGUGCCUCCUGCUCCCGUCCAGCACCAUGCCUCCGCCUCUGCUCCAGCUCCCGUUCAGUCCUUUGCCCCUGCACCUGCUCCAGCUCCCGCUCCAGUCUUCCACGCCUCCUUUGCCCCCGCUCCUGCCUUCGAGUCCUCCGGCCCUGUGUUCGAGGCCGCCGCCUCCUCCCACUCGGCAGCCCGUUCCGGCUACGAGUAUAGCCAACCCGCCGCCAGCCAGCAGGGAUACAAGUACAAGACCGUCCGUCGUCGUGUGUUCAAGCACCGCGCUUAA